AAUAUAGUUUAUAGACAACUCACAAAAACGCUAGCUAAUCAUCUCCCUCACCCAUUGCUGGGUGCUGUUCUCUCACCCUUUCGCCUUAUGCUGCUCUCUCUAAUCACCCCUGCAUAAAUUUUCAUCUCACUCACAUAUUCUUCAUCAGAUUUGAAAUGACAAUGAACACCAGCAACUCAAGUACUGUAUUAAUUGCUCCUUUUCUUCUUGAAAAAGACAAAAAUAAUUAUGAAGAUUGGAAAGUUUACAUUAAAAAUUAUUUAUUGGCUCGAAAUCUUUGGGACAUUACUGAAUAUGGGCAUAUUCCGAAAGGAAAUUGGAGGAAAAAGAAUGCUGCAGCUCUACAUGCCAUUCUUUCUAGCUGUUCACAAGAUAUUUUCCGUGAAAUAAAGGACAAGUCAGCCAAGGAUGCCUGGAAUCAUUUAGCCAAAAUACCGGAGGAGCGCGAACCUAAAGAGAGGUCGAGUAGAGAGGAAGAAGAUAAAAGACGUUCCCUAGAGAUGACAAAGAAAAUUUACAAUGGAAAUUUGGAAGGUGUAACGGAGUUGAUUCAUUUUGGCAACGUUCAAACUAAAUUUCCACCAAUUACAGGCUCUCUGGAAACUGCUCUUCACGUAGCAAUCAAGGCUGAGAAAGAUAAGAUUGUCGAGGAAUUGAUAGAGAUGAUGUCAAUACCAGAACUGGAGCAAAAGGAUUUCAAUGGUCACACGGCUCUCUCCUUAGCUGCAUUUGAGGGAAAAAUUGAAUGGGCGAAAUUAUUAGUCCAAAAGAACCAAGGUUUGCUUACCAUUGCAGACAACGUGGGCAAUAUCCCGCUUGUUAGAGCAGCUAAUUGUGGCCGCAAGGAGAUGACACAAUACCUCUACAUUGAAACUCUCAUGUACACUGAAAGCUCUCUUCAUGACAAUAUCUUGCAACCAGGAAAACAAGGCGAUCAUGGAUUCCAUCUCAUGCGCUGUUGUAUAUCUAACAAUAUGUUCGAUAUUUGUUGGCAUCUACUCAAAAGAUAUCCAAGUUUGGCUGUUUGCCGCGAUACACAGGGAGUAUCUCCUAUUUUAUUGUUGUCCAGUCAACCUCAUGCAUUUUAUAGUGGGACCAAGCUUUCAUGUUGGCAACGAUUGAUUUAUUCCUUCUUAAAGGUAGAGUUGCCAACCACAUCCACCACUCUCACCGGAGACGUACAACUUUAUGUCUAUGAUCAAAAUCACGACGAAGGGAACAUCAGAAAACAAGUAUACGUGCUUGAUGGAUUUCGUAGAUUGGGUUUAAAGGUCCAUGAGUUCCCUGGAAUCAAAAAUAUUCAUGAUUUGAAGUUGGGACAUCACCUUGCAAAGGAGGUUCUUCUCAGUAUGUGUAAGCAUGUAUCGACUUUGGAAAUGAAUCAUCAGCGUGAUGAUUUUAGAGUUGAUGCUGCACUCUUUGAAGCUACCAAGCACGGAAUAGUAGAAUUUGUCACUGAGCUGUGGAAAGCCAACCCAUCAUUUGGUUUUAAAACUAAUCUUGAUGACAGACUCGCUUUCAUGGUCGCAGUCCAACAUCGUCGAGAAAAUGUUUUCAACCUCAUUUAUGGCGUUAAUCAGGCAUGGAAUGCUGGAAAUACCAACAAAAAAGAUAUAGAUGGCAACAACAUGCUACAUAUUGCAGGGGGGUUGGCUCCUGAUUUUGAACGUGUUGGAAUCUCUAGUAAUCCAGCAUUACGGGUGCAGAGAGAACUACAGUGGUUUAAGGCGGUGUCAAACAUUGUUCCAAAAUGGUGCACGCAAGCUAAAAAUAAUAAUGAUCAAACCCCCAAGGAUGUAUUCACCAAGAGCCACAAUGAAUUAGUGAAAGAGGGGCAAAAAUGGAUGACGGACACCGCAGGUUCUUUUAUUAUUCUCAGUAUUCUUCUUGUUACCGUCACGUUUGCUGUUUCUUUUACUGUCCCAGGCGGCAACAAUGAGACGGGGUUACCCAUACUCUUAGGCAAAAAAUUAUUUAAGAUAUUUAUAAUAACCGAUGCAAUAUCCUUCUUCUCUGCAUCUACUUCGGGUUUAAUGUUUUUGGGAAUCCUAACGUCCCGCAAAGAUGAAGAAGAUUUUUAUGUGUCCUUACCCCUGAUGUUGAUGAUCGGCCUUAUCACUCUUUUUGUUUCUAUUGCAACAAUGAUGGCCAGCUUUUGUGCUGCUCUUUUGAUUAUGCUACAAGUUCAACUGGGGGAAGUAAUUCUCAUAAUUGUGGCGUCUAUCAUUCCAACUGUGGUUUUUGCACUGUUGCAAUUUCCCCUCAUUUGUGAAAUUAUUGUCUCAACACGUUCUCAGGGAAUCUUUAACAGGAAAAUGAAGCCUUGGUUGGUUAAUUUACAAGAAAGUUGAUUUAUCUUUGGUGAUAGUUUUCCCUCCAAGUUGAAAUUCUAUAGCUUAUUUGGUUAAUCAGUUGUAUUGGAACUGUCAACUUAUGUGUUUUAUUUGGUUGUAUUUUAAUAUUUCUUGGUUUUUAUGAAAUUGUGAUUUAAAUAUAUGCACCUGCCAUUG